CCCGAUCUGGCAACCCCAGUCAGUGCGAUAGGAAGUGCCCGGUGUGGUCCGUCUGCUUUAUCCGCCUCCUGUCAUGAUGAACUUGUGAGAUCUGCAGAUUAUUUAUGAAAUGUUUUGGAUUUACAGCUAAAAUAUUCCCCAGAAAAAGCAUUACAGUUGUUUUCUCUUCGGUUUAGUGUAGAAGCAAGCCACUAUGGAGCCUGUAGUGCACCAGAUUUGGCCCAGAGUGUGGCAAAGACUCCACAGACCUCUGGCUCUCCUCCGAAAGAACCACUCAGGCUGCACUCACCACUCCUCCUUCGCUCCUUCGCCCUCUCCUCAUCUUUCUCGCCCCCGAUCUCUGCCUCUAGUGUCUCGCCUGUACCAGCCCUCAAACCUGCGCGAUGUAGGACCUGACAGCCGCCUGCAGGGGGAGCAAACCUGUAAGAGUCAGAGGCUCAUGCAGCAGGCAGGACUUGUCUACCCCUCUAACCCAGGCUGCUACUACUACCUCCCUGCCACUGUGCGCGCCAUGGAGAAACUGGUGCGAGUGAUAGACGAGGAGAUGCAGGGGAUCGGAGGGCAGAAGCUGGACAUGCCCAGUCUAUGCUCUGCUGAUCUGUGGAAGACCAGUGACCGCUGGGAGCUGAUGGGGAAGGAGCUGUUUAGGCUGAAGGACCGUCAUGGAUCAGACUACUGCCUGGGCCCCACCCACGAAGAGGCAGUUACAACACUAGUGGCCCAUCAGACCACACUGUCCCACAGACAGCUUCCCCUGCUGCUCUACCAGAUUACCCGUAAAUUCCGAGAUGAACCGAAGCCUAAGUUUGGUCUCCUUCGAGGAAGAGAGUUCUACAUGAAGGACAUGUACUCUUUUGACAUGAGCGAAGAAGCUGCAUAUCAAACUUACGAGUCUGUCUGUGAAGCUUACACCAGACUGUUCACUCGUCUGGGCCUGCGAUGCGUUCAGGUACAAGCCGACACGGGAAACAUCGGAGGAACACUGUCUCACGAAUUUCAGCUUCCUGCAGAUAUUGGAGAAGAUAGGCUUUUGGUGUGCGGUUCCUGCUCCUUCUCUGCUAACGUAGAGACUUUGCCAUUGGACCAAACCAACUGUCCCAAAUGCAAAACAGGAAGUCUAGCGCAAUCAAAAGGAAUAGAAGUUGGUCAUACGUUUUAUUUGGGUAAAAAGUACUCACAAAUGUUCAACGCUGCAUUUAGCAACACCCAAAACAAGGCUACGAUUACAGAAAUGGGUUGCUAUGGUUUAGGAGUGACUCGUAUUCUAGCUGCUGCAAUUGAAGUCCUAUCAACAGAUGACGAGAUUCACUGGCCGGACCUCCUUGCCCCCUACCAAGUGUGCGUGCUGCCACCUAAAAAGGGAAGCAAAGCAGAUGAAGCCUCGAAUAUAGCUGAAGAUAUGGCGUACAGUUUAGGAGAAACCUUACCUAGUUUGAAAGGGGAGGUUGUAAUGGAUGACCGCACUCACAUGACCAUAGGGAAAAGACUAAAAGAUGCUAAGAGACUGGGUUAUCCUUUUGUUAUUGUAGUGGGGCAGGGGGCACUAGAGGAGCAGCCCAAGUUUGAGGUGAUCUGCCAGAAAAGUGGGGAGACAAUGUUUCUCAGUAAAGAUGGACUCUUAGAUCUGCUGCAGAUUGUUGAAACCGUAUAAAUAAUGUAAGUGUGAUGUUGUGUGUACAGGUGAUGGUGAAAAAUAAACAAUAUAUAUUACUUUUA